UGCGUGUUAGGUUAGUGUGGGAAGGCGUCGUGUUGUGUUUUGACGCGGCACGCGGUAGCGGAGCGUGCGGCGGUAUGGCGCUACAGCCCUGGUGACUCAGUCGUGUGGCGCGCGCGUUAGCGGCCACUGUUCUCCCAGUGCUCAUGCGAGUGCAGUGUCGACGCGAUGAAGUGGCGCGCGGCGCCUUCCCGCGCCAAAGAGCGCGCCAAUAUCAGUUUCUUCAUCUUCAUCAUGUUCUUUGCGGUGUUUGGUGUCAUAAUCCUCACUGAACUGCUGCCGCUGGAACGGGCCAAUGAGCCUGGUUCCGCAAGAUCGCGUAGCGAACAUCUGCAGGGGUGGGACGGUCGAACGAAUCCUGGGAGUAAUGAAGAAGGAGAGACACCGCCACCAGCGCACGCCCCACUCGACGCUGUCUGGCAACCCGUCGACGGAACCCGGUUUCGUUUCUACGUGUAUUCAGCGUACGUGGAGCGACGGACGGUGGCUGCGGUGCGGAUAAUCGCGGCGACCAAGACGCGGGGUGCUGACAACGUCAUGUGUCGUAUGUGGCUGCCUGAUAACCGCACGCUCACGCUCAAAGCUAAAGUCAAGGCGAUCCGCGAGAAUUGGAAUCUAAAAUACAGCGCGACGUACGUGCUGUGCCUACUCCGUGACUCUGGCGUGAAGCCUCAGGAGACUGUGGGCGCUUCAGUGUCGGUGGUAGCCAGCAACAGGCCCAAUGUUCCACCCACAAACCUGCUCGUAGUGCUCGAUACCGAAGCUAAACCGGGGAUUGAGGAAACCCUACACAUCUGCGUGAAGCCGUUCCAUUACUCAUACGACCGUGACCAGUGGCUGGUGGAGUGGUUCGAGAUGAACCGUCUGCUGGGAGCGAGUCACUUCUACAUGUACAACGAGUCGUUAAGCAGGCCCGUCGCUUGCUUGCUAGAGGACUACCGCAAGCAAGGCCUGGUUACAUUACUGUCGUGGAAACUUCCUAUAUUGUCUAAAGUUGAAAUCAGAACAGAAGGCCAGUUCGCAGCGUUCAACGACUGCCUAUACAGGUCAAUGUCUCGCGCCGGCUGGCUGCUCGUCAUAGACGUGGAUGAGCUGGUACUGCCGCGACGAGAGAGGACGCUGCCGGCGUUACUGACGGCGCUGAGGGCGUCAUACAACCCGCCGUCGAAGGCGCCUUCCGCGUUCCUGUUUAGGAAUGCCUUCUUUUAUCUUAGAUGGGAGGACGACGCCGAAGCCAAGGUGCCUCUCCUAACAGCGCGCAAGACGCGUCGCUGGAGCACGCCGCACGCGCUGAAGAACCGCAGCAAGUACGCGCUGCGCCCGCGCGACGCCGUCGAGCUCGGCAACCACUUCGUGUGGGAGCUCGCGCCCGGCGCCAGCUCUGUGGGAGUGCCUAAUGAUAGGGCACUGCUGCAUCAUUACCGGCUCGCAUGUGAAUUUGGCGGUUCAAAUUGCCUAAAAGUGCCGUCGACAAUAGACCGCACUGCACACCGCUGGAAGGACGAGCUACAACAACGCGUUGUCGACGAACGCAAGCGACUAAUCAACGCCUGUGCCACGUAAACACCACAAUAACAUAAAUUAUGGGAAUACAGUACACAAAUGUGUCUCCUAAAGGUUCAUUUCUGAGCCAUGCUACCGAUCGCAGCUCAUGCGACAUCAAAUAUGAAUCAUGCCGCCGUUUCUGAUGUGUGCCACAGAAGCUAUACGCCACAAGGCGCGGAAAUGUACUUUUAACGGGACACUUGGGAAUCACGUUCCUAGUAGCCACGGAACGGGGAAUAAAUGUGUUAGUCUAUGUAGAUUUUCAUUACUAAAAUGUACAGUUUAACCCGAACUCGGAAUGUGAACAAGAAUAUAAUGUUUGCUUGUAACUCCUCUCUUUGUUUUGUAGCUUCUGGAUUCUUUAGUGGGAUAUUUAAGAUGUAAUUAUAGUCUUUCUACAAAAAAAAUUAACAGCCGUUCGACACGUGUACAAGAAAAUUGUCCAUACAAACUGUUUUAAACACGUUUUGAACAUCUGUAUAACUUUUUUGUAGUAAGACCAUUUGUAGUAAACCAUGCUGUUUGUGGCAAAAUUCUGUUGUAUUAUUUUCUGUAGCCUAAAGCUAACUUUUUUCUAAGCUAAACUGAACGGUUCAGAUCAAAACUAAUGCAAAUUGAUCAAUUUUUUGUUUUGAUUCUUAUUUAUUGAAUAAUCUUUGCAUUUUCGGAACAAGAUCCUAAAAAUGUAAAAUUUGAGUUAUUUUUGGAAAUAAUGAAGAUUUGUUUACUUAUUAAGACAUUCAAUAAAACUGUUGUAUGUAGUACGUUUUACAUGACCGGCUGAUCAUGUUAGCUUGUGUGCAGACUUACCUACCUGUAAAAGAACUGUAUAAUUUUUACUCGUUUCGUAGAUUCUUGUAAAACAUAUUUCCAGUUUUAACUAUUCAUAAUUUUCAUUAUUUAUUUUUUGUUCAUUUAUUAUUUCUCAACAUAUGUUUUGCAUUUUAAAAUAUUAUAUUCAUUAUUUCUUA